AUGGCGGCCCCCGCGGCAGCGAGGCGGGUACGGAGGUUUUGGGGACCUCGCGGCGGCCCAUCCACGCUCCGGGCCUUCUCCACCAUCAUCCCAAGGGUUUCCCAGGUGGACAACUCCUCCGACUUUCUGGGCAACGUCCCCCACCGCCGGCACCCAGGGGUGCUGCAUCUCAGGAGUGUUCGGCUCCCGGCCAAACUGGUGAAGGCUGCCCAGCUGCUGGUGGAGCAGUCCACUGUGCAUGGGCUGAAGGACCAGGUGGUGGCCCUGACCAACUACCUCUGGAGCCGGAAGCGCCCCUUGGAGGCCAGCGAGCUGCAGAGGAGAGGGCAGCAGCUGGAGCAGCAGCUGAGGGAGAAAGUCCAGCCCCGCACAGCAGACGCAUCCAGCCCCCUGACCGACGCUGAGAAGGAGAAGCUGCAGAGGAGGGUGCUGAACAGGCUUCGAAAAACCACCUAUCACUGGGAGGCACUGAGGUAUACAGACGAGCUGAGUCUUGUGUACAUGGCAGCUCGGCUGGAUGGGGGGUUUGCGGCUGUGUCCAGAGCCUUCCAUGAGAUCCAGAAGCGGGUUCCGGCCUUCGCCCCUCGCACCCUGCUGGAUUUCGGCUCUGGGACGGGCUCCGUCAGCUGGGCGGCGCAUGGUGCCUGGGGCCAGACCCUGCGUGAGUACCUGUGUGUCGACAGCUCCGCCCCCAUGCUGACCCUCGCCGAGCGGCUGCUGCAAGGUGGCUCCGAGUCCCCCCAGACCCCACUCUUCCCAGGCGUCUAUUUCCGGCAGUUCCUCCCUGUCUCGCCCAAGGUGAAGUUUGACCUGGUGGUUUCAGCCUUCUCCCUGAACGAGCUGCCCAGCCUGGCUGAGCGCAGGGAGACCAUACAGACGCUGUGGAGGAAGACGGACGGCUUCCUGGUGCUGGUGGAGAACGGAACCAAAGAGGGGCACCAGAUGCUCAUGGAGGCGCGAGAGAUCGUCCUGGGGGGGGGAGACAAGGUGGUGCAUGACCCACGGGAGGCUCACGUCUUCGCCCCAUGCCCGCACCACCUGCCCUGCCCACGGCUGAACCCCGAGCGGCCCCUGCCCUGCAAUUACCUCCAGGCCUACCACCCCUUGCCCUUCCACUGGAACCCGGCGCUGAAGGAGGAGUUGUUCUCCUUCCUGAUCCUGCGCCGGGGGCCAGGGGAGGGUGAGGAGCCCUGGCCCCGCAUCACCCAGGCCGUCCUGGGCUGCGCCCGGCACGUCCAUUGCCACCUGUGCUGUGCCGACGGGAGCCUGCAGCACGCCGUGAUCACCGCGCGCCGGCACGGCAGGGAUCUGUAUCGCUGUGCCCGGCUGAGCCACUGGGGGGAUCGGCUGCCCGUGACGAUGCCCCCUGGGGAGGCCGUUCCGGGGGAGUAACCCUCCAGCCCAUCCCAGGGGGCAGAUGCUGAGCCCCCGAGGUCCCGCUGCGAUCCGUUGCCUGACCCUCGUGGGCAUUGAUGUGGGGACGGCGGCAGGAAGCACCCAGUGGAUUGGCACUGGUGGUGGGGGGGGUCUUCUGAUGGCCUGCGGCACUGCAGGUGCAGGUGCUGGCCCCAAUGAGCACGGGGGAGCCAGCAGGACUCCUGGGUUCCCUUCUGCAGCUGGUGGCUCCCCGGCACCCAGGUUG